AUGUCAACAGAAGUCCCAAAUAAGAAGAAGAAAGGAAUUCCACCCUCCGCAGAGGAAAUUGAAGCACGUAGAAAACAAAAACAAUUUGAGGUUAUACCGGAAGGUAUGACCAAAAGUGAAUGGAAACGUCAACUAAAACAAAAGAAAUGGGAAGAAACCAAAGAGCAAUAUCGAGAAUUUCAAAGGGAAAAGAAAAGGUUACAACGACAAAGACGUAAAGAAAGAAACAAACAGGAAGCGGAAGAAGAAGAAGAAAAUUAUCAUCAGGCUAAAAAACCUUCAAGAUUGCCUAGGAAUCAAAUUCCUACUGGUGUUACAUUUGUCAUGGAUUGUGAUUUUGAUGAUUUGAUGAAUAGAAGAGAGAUCGUGUCGAUGUCAAAUCAAAUUUCACGUUGUUAUUCGGCAAUGAGACAUUGUAAGUAUGAUGUUGGAUUAAAAAUUACAUCUUUCAACAAAACCUUGAAGGAAAGAUUUGAUAAAGAUGUUUCUCAAUACAAACUCUGGAAGGGCAUUGAAUUAAAUUCGGAACAGUCUGUAGAGGAUUUGAUCAAUGAUGAGAAUAGACUGAAAUUCGUAUAUCUUACUGCAGAUACAGAUGAAGAAAUCACUGAACUUUUACCUGACCAUACUUAUAUCAUAGGUGGGAUUGUGGAUAAAAAUAGACAUAAAGAACUUUGUUUGAAUAAAGCCAAAAAGCUCGGAUUAAAAGUUGGAAAAUUACCAAUUGGGAAAUACAUCGAUAUGAAUGGAAGACAUGUAUUGGCAACUUCUCAUGUAUAUGAGCUUUGUUGUAAAUGGUUUGAAAAUGAUAAAGACUGGAGUCAAGCUUUCAAUGAAGUUUUACCACCUCGAAAAGUGAAAGGAAAAGUUGAUGCGGAUGGUACUGUCACUAUAGAAUCUGAAGAUGUUGAAGAAUCAAAAGACACCACGCCAAGUGAAGUUCCUGUAUGA